CUUUUAGUUUGGUAGCGAUCGUACAACUUGGGAGGAGUUUGAUAUCGAGGGGAUAUCAUUUUAAUAAUUAUAUAAUAUUAUCAUUCAUCCGGUUUUGAAAUGUGAUUGUUCAGGAAAAUGUUGUUCCUCUUCCUACUUCGCUCCCAAAACUCCGAAUUCAUGAAUUCAUUUUCAGAAGAAAUGUAACUCUUAGUUUCUCUUUUCCAAUCGGUAGUCUCUCAUCAGCGGAUUCAAUCGUAAAUUCUAUACAAUCCGUUGCUUUCAAGUGUUCAAGAAACUAGUUGUCGACGUCCUCACCACCAUGCUCAACAAUCAGUGUUCCAAUUAAGAGCUUCCUCAUCUUUCUUCAAGCCUUCUAUGACAUCUUUUAUCGCAGCUCUGCCUCUGUCCAAAUGUCGUUCCAUAUUGGCUUUUGGCUUCACUCAUUAGUCUUCACGAGGUUUAGUGUCUCUGGACUAAGGUAGAGGAGAAGCUGAAAGACUAGAAAAGGAUAAAGCAUUUGCAUUCUACAUUGAAGCUCAAGUUUUUUUCCUGCGUCAUGGAAGAUCGUCAAGGAAAGAGGAGCUCCAAAACGUCCAUUAUCAAAGGCCUAAAUGCUUCAAUUCGGCCGAUGAACAUUCAAAUGGACAAUCACUUGGUAAUCGGGGGAACCAGACACUAUCACCAGGAAACAAACUGUAAAAGUCCGACAAUUGUUGAUUGUUACAAUAUUAUGAAUCACUAUGCUAGCAGCACUUCUGGAAGCAAUAGCUUUGGUUCUCGGGGAGCAGGGUUGUCAUUAUCACCACUUUCGGCAAUUGAGAAUUUGGAAACACCACCUAUAAGGUCUCCACAAAUUUAUGGAACUCCCAUGAAGGUCGAUGAAGAAGUGAUAGUAAUGGAUGGGAUUUUGAUCAGUUCAAUUCAUGGGGAAGCAAAGACAGUGAGGUCUCCUUUAGAUUCUGGAAGUGGUGGAGGGGGGAAAAAUCAGUACAGAUCGGACAUUUGCCGCUACUGGGAGGAUUCUGGUACCUGCCGCUUUGGCAACAAAUGCCAGUUUGCACAUGGAAAGGAGGACCUUCGGCCAGGUCGUUUACCAGUUAGAACCAAGACUAAGUUCAGCGAAACGUAUGGUUCCAAGUUCCGCAACAAUCAUUCACUAACAGGAAUAGCUGCGACAACCACAACGCAAUCAAACUCAAACUUAGUAGAUACAAUCACCAAAACUGAACUAAGCAAAAGAGGUCUUACUCCAACAUCCUCGACAUUAAAAGGGCACACGAACAAUAACCCUACACUUAUUUCGACCAUUUCCAUCAUCAAUUGGUCGCCUGAAGAUGAUGGCAUCAAAAUUGCUGUCCCCGGAACAGAGUCGACAAAAAGAGAAGAUGUAAACCAACACAUCCAUGAGGUUCUUUAUGGUUCCACCACUGAGAGGACCAAAAAGAGACUGCCAGUUUUCGUUCAAAUUUGCUCCGAAGAACUACAAGAAGAAUAAGCAACACCAAGCUCUUUUUCAUCAUCAAAUUCCACAUUAUUCUCAUAAAAACUACUUCUCAUAUUGGUUUACACCAUUUUGUUUUUACCACAACAGAUCGUGGCUUGUUGGCCAAGUGGAGGGCAGAGUUAGGCAGACUCAUUUGCUGAUUCCACUGGUUGCAUGUUCGAUCUGUUUAGGUAUGAGAAGGAAGGGGAAAUACACCAUUUUGUUUUUAGAAAACAGGUUCAUAUAGUAUUCAUCAGUCAUAAAAGAAGAAAUUAGGUAUUCAUUACUUAGUUGUAGCUGUAUGUAAAAUGAGCAAAAACAAUGAUCUGAGUUGUAACGAUCAGAAGAUGUCGAUGGCAAAUACUAAAUUUGGGAAGAAAAAUAGAACGGAGCUUCACGAUUUACUAGAUAAGUACACUUUUAUGGGUAUUUUUUUCAUAUUCAUUGAUAAUAUUGGUAUGUCCUCCUUACAUUUAAAA